UUAGUGCCAUUACCUUGUGUUUUUUUUGACGGCCAUGGCAUCGCGUUCACGGUCGGAGAUGGAGAAGAAAAGGGGGCGACCGACAGCCGCCGCCACGCCCGUCCACAGCCACUCCCGCCGGAAGAAGAGCCCUCGGCUGCUCCUUUCUCGGAACUCCUUCAAGGCGAGCUUCGCAGACCUCCCUUCUGAUCUACUUAUGCGUCUGGCGGCGCCCUUCGACAUGCCGACCCUCUGGGCGGCGAGCAUGGCGUGCCAGUCCUGGAGGGAGGCGCUCCGUCCCCUCCGAGAGGCCAUGGUUCUUCUUCGCCUCGGGAAGCGGUACAAGCAUGGCCGCGGCCCCGGGAUCGCACGCCCCAACCCUAGACGGGCCCUCGAGUACUUCCUCAAGGGAGCCGAUCGCGGUUCGGCCGCCGCCAUGGUCGACGCCGGGCUUAUGUACUGGGAGAUGGGGAGAAAAGGGGAGGCCCAAGCGUUGUAUAACAAGGCAGCUGAGCUCGGUCACCCGGUUGGACAGUGCAACCUUGGUGUCUGCUACUUAGAGGCUGAUCAACCUAAUCCAGAAGAGGCCGUCAGGUGGUUUUACCAAGCAGCUCAAGCAGGUUAUGCACGUGCAGAGUAUAACUUGGCUCUAUGUCUUCAUAAGGGACGUGGCUUAAAGAUUAACAUGGAAAAUGCUGCCAAAUGGUAUCUUAGAGCUGCAGAAGGUGGGUACGUGCGAGCAAUGUAUAAUACUUCAUUAUGUUAUUCAACUGGAGAAGGAUUGGCACAAAAUCUUAGACGUGCAAGAGAAUGGAUGAAGCGAGCUGCCAAAGCUGGCCACAGUAAAGCACAGUUUGAGUAUGGUCUUCAACUUUAUUCUUCAGGGGAUAUGGUGGAGGCUCUUGUCUACCUUGAAUUGGCAACACGAGCUGGAGUGGAUGACGCCACACAUACGAGGGACGUAAUUCAACAAUCUCUCUCCCAAACCUCACGAGCUCGAGCCCAUUUACGAGUGGAGAAUUGGCGGCCUUCAUGAUUGCAUCUUUCAUCUUUGGGCUUAUAUAUGUUACUUUGUGCAAGCUCCUUCACAUUGGUUAUAUUGCAGAAUCCAUACUACACUCGAUUGAAGCAAUGUACCACCAUGAAUUGGACUCAGAAAUCGAAUCAGGUUCAGUCCAAAUCAUGUGGUAAAAGUGGCGCAAACCUAGAGCAGAACCAUAGUCAGUUCGACCUUCAGAUGACCUUGUAGCUCAAAAGCAAUUUUGUCGGCCAAAAGCCGCAAGAAGCGCCCAAGUUGCAGUUCUGCCUCUGCUGAAAUAGAUAAGUAAAUCAGGGAAGAUUCCUUUUCUUAUAAUUUUUAAUCUUAGAUGUAAUAAUUUGAAUAUAAUCAAGCAUUGUUAGUUGUGGAUUCUUAAAUAAUGUAUACGGUACUAAAGACUUGAAUUUGGGGUUUCAGAUUACAGAGCA